UUUUGAUUGGCUUGACGGUGGCCAAUGGGAGCACGGGGAGAGAGUCAAAGGGAGGCCAUAGCACAGCUCUGCUCACACCUGAUACAUUACCUGGUGGAGUUCAGAGCCAGCAUCUCAUUACCUAUUAACCCAACCCAUAACUAGGGCUCAUUGUGUCCCGUAAGCCCCAGCAGUCAAGGUGUUUCUCUGCAUUUCUCUUUGUAUUCUGCGGAAGAAGAGAAGCCAUGGCUGUGGCCAAUUUUCACUAUAUAACCCGGAUGAGCAGCGGCUUCAAGGUCUACAUCUUGGAAGGUCAGCCCAACCUGAGGAGUGAGGACCGGUACAGACACAUGACCACCGAACGGGUUCGAGGCCCCGCCGUCUACCCAAUCAAGCGCAAGCGCAGCCACGACCACGGCCUGACUCUGGAGGAAAGGCGAGAGAGGGCCCUGAGCCGCAGCAGGGGCCCCCAGAGAGCCUCUGUGCUCCCCGUCCCACCGAGCCCCACGUCGACCUGGAGCCCGAGCCCCAGCCCCACAAGCCCCCUGCCCCACCACGCCUACUACGCCCCGGUCAUGGACGAGCCGCUGGCCCUCAUCAAGAGGCCACGGCGGGAGGAAUCUGACGGCACAAAGGACAAGACGACAGGCUCCGCCCCCAGCCAAGCGCAGAUGCGUCCCUCUGUGAUCACCUGUGUGUCUUCGGUCCGGAGCACUGGAACCAUGUCGAGGUCUGAGGUCCACGGGAGGCACUCAUCAGUGACCUCCGACAGCAGCUACGACCACGGGGUGGAGGAGCACUUCCAGAGGAGCCUGGGAGCGGCGUACCGGCGCGCCCACCCCCAGCAGGCCUCCAUCGGCGUCUCCGUGGACGACCAUUUCGCAAAGGCCCUGGGCGAGAAGUGGCUCCAGAUCAAGUCCAAGUCCUCGUCCUGCUCCUCCACGCCCCCCAGCUCACCCAGCGUCACGCACUCACCCGUCUACGGCCUGAACCUGGCCCACAAGGGGGGCCGCAGCACCUCCUCGCCGACCUCCGGCCCCUGGGUCCUCCACUGAGACCCCCGGGGCGGAGGGAGAGACCUCGGAGCUGGACUUUUUCAGUUGGACUUGUUUUCGAUUUACGUUUCACAUUUCAGUGGGUGUCAUUGUGCUCUACGAGGAUCAAAGGUGACCAAAAAAGCGUUUAUAGGUCACUCUGUCACACACACACACACACACACACACACACACACACACACACACACACACACGGAACACACACACACACACCGGACACUGAGGUGAGGUGAAUGUUGUCGACCUGAUGGAAAUGGUGUCUCCGAAUCAAAGAGCCGUUAGUGCAAACAAAGGUUGAAUUAAUAGGAGUGUAUUGAGGGGUUUCUUGUUUUUUUUACUGCUUGUGAAUAGCGUUUAAGUAGCUGGAGUAGAGGUUGACAAAGGGUGAUUGGGAUUCGACCAAUCAAAUCCUUCACAUUUCCUUUAGUAUUCGUUGGUGUCAUUCAUUUCAUGCAGUCUGAUUGUAAAACGUGUCAUUGUAUUUAUAUUCUGAAGCCGCUGGUUCCUUUCAUUCCUUUAUGGAAAUACCUACUGGUGUCGUGGUUUUGAACUUUAUCAAAAGUAAAACACGUUUCAUAGCUUCUAAAAAUGAUCCAAUAUAUGUCAGGCCAAAAACCUUGCAUUUCUGUGUCUGCCAUAUAGCAACCCGCUUGAUUUUGCGUUGUUCAGAUAUCUGAGGUAGGUCCCCUCAAAAAAGAACAUGAGGUCACACAUUUGUUACUUUAGAGACAACCACAAGAACACAGCUCUAUGGCUCACGUUCGCACCGUGUGUCACAAGCCAGAACAAGCACAGAGUAAGGGUUAGAGAGCUCUCCUAGAACUAUAGCACUCUGUGAGGUCAGACGCUCACACGGACACCUGCCUGUUGAAAGGGCGAGCGCCCCAGACAGGUUAAUUUCAGCCGUGAGUCAGUGUGUGUGUGUGUCUGUCUGUCGGCACUGCAUCCGGACGAGCCGUGGUGGUUGUGUAUGUGACUGAACGCAGAGCGAGAAACGGGGCUGUGUGAAGUGGGAGGAAGAGAGCAGUGUCUGAGUGUUGGAUUUUCCCCCCGUAGGUUCAGGGAAUGCAGAUUCAUGUCCCAGCAGGCACGUUAGGGCUUGUGUUCUGACAUUCCUGUCUCCUGAGAAAAUCACUCUGUCAGAUCCUACAGAUCCUGUUUGGCAAGGCCCAGGGAGGGAGGGAAGAGCAGGAAGGCAGGGUAAGGCGAGAGAACCAGGCCUGACCAUGAGAAACAGCCUUUUGCUCGUCAGUUGCUUAUUUGCAUGCUCAAUCUUGUUCCACUUAAAAAAAAACGUAAUGAUUAAGGAAGAAACAUUUCCAGUGUCAUGUGAGACGGGGGAUGUGCACAUGUUUUCCGUUUUUUUGUUUGCUAAAUUGCUGGGACAAGCUAGCAUGUUUAUGUGGUUUGAUGCUGUGGAACUGUGCAACUUGGUUGGGAGUUUGUAUUUCUUAUAAAAUAAAACCAAAAAUGAAGAUUAUUAGGUGUUUGAUUCUAUUGGCAGAUGAGUGUAUCAGCACACAUUUCAAGGUACGAAGGACAUUUCUGAAGUGUGUAUACACACAGUUUAGUCCUUGGUCUUGCAGUUGUUCUGUGCACACAUAAGAACUGGAUGGAUAUUACUAUUAUUUGCUCCCUCUUUCAAGUGGUUUCAAACUGGUAUUUCCACCUGGAAUGCAUUC